AUGUCCACCAGGCGAUAUGGAGAUAUUAAGGAAUACCACGAAUUGCAUAACAAUUUCAUUUUAUUUAUAGUGAAGACGGGCGAGAUAUCCUAUUUGUAUAAACGAUUCUGUCUUCUCGGCAAAGAUUCGCCCAGUUUUCCACCCAAACGGCUAUUAAAACGACAUUUCCUUUCCGUGGGACAUUUGGCUCGCAAUCCGAUUUUGCCUAUUCUCUUGAAGGCAAUGUUUAAGGACAGGAAAACCUUAACUUUUGUGAAUUUUGCCCGAUUCUUAAGUAUUUUUCAGGCCAAUACUUUAAAGACUAAAAAGGAACAACUCGUGAUCACCUCGGAAAAGAAGAAAAGAUUGCUUUUCUCUAUGUAUGACACCGACAUGGACGGCAUUAUAUCGCAUGAAGACUUUAUAGGUAUAGUCCAUAGGCUUUAUGGUGAUAUUAUGUCGUCCAAACAAGUCUUAGAGACGGCCGCAACUAUGAUUUUCGAAAUGGAUACUUCGGGUACUCAGAAGAUACUUUUCCAAGAUUUUUCGGAUGCAUUAAACGUAUUUGAUAUGGAAGAAACCUUAGUGAUCAAAAUCCAUGAAGAUUAAAUUUGAAUAAUAAAAGCUAAUAAGCAUUUCUUUCCCCUUUUCAAUUAUUAUUCGUUUUUAUUAUAAUUGAUUCGAAAAACAAAUGGCAAAGUGACAAGUUACUUAAGUGGAUGAAAAUAAUUAUAGGCUUUUUCACAUCACCGCGCGUUCGGUUGUGUACAGAAUCCUUUGAAGAAUUUUCCUCGAAAGCAUACACUAGUUGGAUACCACCGCGGACAGGAGUUUCUCAUGCUAGAAUAUGUUACGUUGUCACGUUAGGUCAUCUGAUUUUGAAAACGUAACUGCACUUUAAGAAUAAAAAACCUCAUUUGCUUAAGUUAACCGCCUUAGCAGCAAUGAAUAGAAAUGCAAAAUAUUUCGCUAGGCUCCAACAACACUCUCAAUUGCGGGCUUAAGAAUUUCUGAAAGAAUGAAUUGACGCUGCUAUAGGAAAUUGUGACUUUUUGAAAGCAAUUAUCACAAGCGAAAGAAAAAUUAUUUUAUUUUAAUAUAUAAGACGUGACGUGUGGUAUGCUUUUUUUCAAGUUUUUUGCAUAUUGUGCUUGUCUAGAAAGUUCCGACUAAUUUCGCCUCCCUUUCACUGUUUCUUGACUCCGCAUACAACAGCGGUAUUCCAAAAAUAGAAAAACAUUCUUUGAGCUUUACGUCUUCGUUCGUCUCUCUGUUUCAGUCUGAUCUUCUAACGAUUCUUUUCCAAAUAUGAGGAGUGUUGUUCUACACUUUUGCAGGAAAAACGAACGUAUUACCCCUCUAAAGCUCUCAUAUAAAUUUGCAAUAAAACUCAAUUUUUUUUCAUGAUAUGUCAACAAACUUUGAUUUAUUUUUUAUCACACAUCUCAGACCAUUGUUACGGUGAUGUCGCAUUUGCUUCCUUAGUAAUGGUGAUUUUCAUGAUGAACCAAUUGUUCCAAUACCAAGUAGGUGUUCUUGUAAACUUCUCUGACAACGGGAACGUUGGACAAGUAGGUGCCGAAGUUAUACAAAACUUCGCGGGGAACGAAGUCGGUUACUUUGGGGAUACUUUCGAAGAAUUUACCGAAGACAGCAAAGGAUUCAGGGGGGAAAUAAGUGUCAGCAAUAGUGAUGAAUAAUUCGCCGAAAGAGGUGAUAAAGUCAUGAGGGAAGAAUUGUUCAAAGGUAGGCAUGUGUCUUUGCAAGUCGCCGAACACGAUGGUCAAUUCUUUGGGGACCAAUUUCUCGAUUCUUUGGAAAGCUUCAUAGA